AAGGAAUCCUUCCUGCGAACAACAUGAGGAAAACCAGCACUCUAGUGGUCCUGGUGCUGCUCUUUCCUGCUCCUGGGGCGUCAAACCUGAGACCUAGCAACUUUAUACAAACGGUUUACUCCAGUUCCUCGCCGUCCUGGAUACGGGCACAGGCCUUCUGCAGAGAUCAAAACCUAGACCUGGUCACCAUCGGCAGUGAGAGGGAGAAUCAGAUGUAUGUCCAAAACCAGGGAUGGAUCGGUCUGUACCGCGAGAACUCAACCGCUGCGUGGAAAUGGUCCAGAAGAGGCGAGAUAGCCGACUUCACCAGCUGGAAAACCGGUGAACCAGGAGAUCUUAAGAACUGUGCUUUUAAGUAUGGCAAUGAACAACAUUGGUUGAGCGAUUCCUGUGGAAACAAACACAGUUUGAUGUGUUCCGACGAGACGCUGGUUCUGGUGAAGGAGAACAAGACGUGGGAGCAGGCCUUAAACCACUGCAGGAGUCUGGAGGCGCUGGACUCGAGUAAACCAGCCACUGCUUACCAGAACUACCGCUAUGACCUGGCCAGCCUGCUCACUCCAGAUGACCACGUCUACGCACAAGAGAAGGCACAAGAUGCUACCACUGAUGAGGUGUGGACGGGCCUGCGUUACCUGGCGGGACACUGGCUCUGGGUGGGAGGAGAACUAAUGCAGGACCCGGCUAUCGGAAGUUGCCCGACUCUGACAGCCUGCGGCGUUCUGGUGAAGAACGGCAUCCCAGGGUUCGGGACCAUGGACUGCACGUGGACGAGGAACUUCCUCUGCUACAAGAAGCGCUAGAAGAACUUCUCGUUCCUCCUUCCUAGUUCAUGUUUAAGUU